GAACGUCUCAACAUUAUUGCUCACAUCUCGUUCACAAUGAUCGGAACAGUCGUGUCGUCUGCCAUAUUCCUGGCUCUUGUUGUGUACUCCGAGUCUGCAUCACUUCCGGUGGUUGCAGCUGCAGUUGACAAAUGCGUGUAUCAAAACAAGACUUACAUGGUUGGUGAAAAGACAGACGAUCCGUGCACGCCCUGCUUAUGCGAGCAAACCGGCCGCAUGGCUUGCCUGCAGAUUGACUGUAGGUACGCUCCCUGCGUCGACGCCGUUCAGAAACCGGGAAAUUGCUGUCCGUCUUGUCCAAACGGAAUGAACUGCAAGUACGGCGAUCACAUCAUCAAGGAGGGAGACGUGUACAAACCUGACGCAAACACCGUGUGUAAAUGCAACAAGCAAAUAUUCGAUUUCAACGAUCUGAAGGCUGUGUGUAUCAAGUCGGUCUAGUCUGUCUCUAAUACCUCAGAAAUAAAUCUUCUAAACU